CGUACAUACAUUCAUGCUAUGAGAUUCAUGGUUGAUCGAAGAUACCACUGCGUGGUGGCCGUGUGCUACGUGCUGCAUUGCUCGCUCCUGGCAGGCGCGAGCUACUGGCCGCCCCGAUACAACGCAUUCGUGGCGCAGUUCCUCUACGGCCAGAACCGAGCUCGCUACAGCGUGGGUGUUCCGCCGCUGGUGUGGGACAACCGGCUGGCAGCGUACGCGCAGUGGUGGGCAAACCAGAAGCAGGCGUCGGGCAACUGCUAUCUCCAGCACUCGGGGGGUCCCUACGGCGAGAACAUCUUUUGGGGGCGGGGCAAGCCGUGGAGCCCGUCCGAGGCCGUCGACGCCUGGGUGGACGAGCGCCGCUGGUAUGACUACUACUCCAACUCGUGCCUCUUCAACGACGACUGUGGCCACUACACACAGAUCGUGUGGAGAAGCUCAACGCGGGUGGGAUGCGCAAGAGUCACCUGUGCCGACGGGGAUGUGUUCAUGAUCUGCAACUACGAUCCCCCAGGGAACUACAUUGGCCAGAGGCCUUACUAGCUACCUCUCUCCAAUUCUCAUCUCGCGCGAUC